AUGUCCAUCUUGAGAGCACAUAAACGCAUUCACAGUGGGGUUCGUCCUUAUAAUUGUGAAAUAUGCUCUAAGACAUUCAAACUACCGGAUAAUUUAAGUAGACAUAGGCUCAUUCACAGUGGGGUUCGUCCUCACAAAUGUGAAAUAUGCGAUAAGGCAUUCAGUACAAUGGUUGCCUUGAGAGCACAUAAACUCAUUCACAGUGGGGUUCGUCCUCACAAAUGUGAAAUAUGCUCUAGGACAUUCACACAAAUGGGUAACUUGAGUGCACAUAAACUCAUUCACACUGGGGAACGACCUCAUAAAUGUGAAACAUGCAAUAAAACAUUUGCUCGAGUGAAUAGUUUGAAUAGACAUGUGCUUAUUAUUCACACUGGAGAAAGGCCUCACAAAUGUGAAAUAUGCGAUAAGGCAUUCACGGAAAUGGCUUUCUUGAAAGCACAUAAACUCAUUCACACUGGGGAAAGACCUCACAAAUGUGAAACAUGCAAUAAGACAUUUGGUCGAGUGAAUACUUUGAAUAGACAUGUGCUUAUUCACACUGGAGAACGGCCUCACAAAUGUGAAAUAUGCGAUAAGACAUUCACACGAAUGUCCAAUUUGAGAGCACAUAAACUCAUUCACAGUGGGGUUCGUCCUCACAAAUGUGAAAUAUGCUUUAAUACAUUCACACGAGCGAGUAGUUUGAAAACUCAUAUGCGCGUUCACAGUGGUGUAUGGCCCCAUAAGUGUACAGUAUGUGAUAAAACGUUUCCACGACUAAGCACCCUGAAAAAGCACAUCGUUACACACAACAAGAGGUAA